AUGGCAGCUCACGCUGUUUGCCUUGUUUUAGCCGAGCUCGUACUUGGAGACAUUGCACCCCUUGCACCUGGUCCCGGAGAUAUUUUUGCUGCUGGCUCAGAUUGUACUCUUAAAUGGAGCGUAGACACAAGUGGCACCUGGAAGAAUGUCACUAUUGGUACGUUGUACCGCUUUGCGUUUUAUAAACUCGACUAUUUCAUGCUCGGUGCAGAUUUAAUGUCUGGUUCCGACAAUAACAUGUCAUUGGUAACUCGCGUCGCGUUUGACCUGGACGGAACCGAUCCCAGCCUCUCGCCGUAUAUUUGGACGUGUCCUGAAGUGGAUCCAUACUCCGACAUAUAUUUCUACCAAUUCACUAACGGCGACGAUCGCGCGGCUUCCAGCUGGACUACUCGAUUCACGAUCGCAUCUCCUUCCAACACGAGCGCCCCUCCCCAGUAUGCUCAACAGCCGAAUGGUGAUCCGAUACCAUGGGGAAACGGAAUACUGGUCUAUUCUAACUCGAGCGGACCAUCCUCCAAGUUCUCCUCUGACAAUCCAACGUCUGAUGAAAAUGGUGCUUGUAAUCCAGACGAUGAUACCUCUGCGCAAGAUGACUCAGGAGAGUCGAAGAGUUCUUCGACGGUUGUCCAUGGGAGAUCCACCACCGUUGUCAGAAGCGAAGGGUCACAGGACAAUAACUAUGGGAAUGUCAAGGAUACUCCCGAUACGAGUUCGGACACUCCCAAGUCGUCGCAUCAUCACGCCACCGGCGAGCACGAGCGAACGCACAGCAUGGAUAGUACUGUGGGCCCUGACAGAAAGCCUAGUUUGACUCACGCCGAGAAGGUCCAGGCAUCGAACACUGCCACCCCCAGCACGACGGACGCAAAUGAUGCUAAUGUGACCGGUGCCGCGGAUUCACCCGGCAGCGACGAUUCUGGCACAGGUGGUAGCGACGGCUCUGAUUCUAAAUACUCAAACUCGAGCGGCGAUGGCUCUGGCGAUGAUUCUAGUACAAGUUCCGCGGACUCAGGUUCUGACAACGAUAACGGCUCUAGCAGUGAUGGCUCUGGCGAUGACGACUCGGGCAAUGGGGACUCUAGCGAUGACGACAAUGGGUCGACCAUGACGAGUAUCUUCAUGACGUCUUCCCGCAAUGAGAAGCCAGCGACGACCCACUCUGUCAGCCGUACCAAGAGCGAGCAUGCCACUCGGCGGACUCUCGCACCAACCGCCAACCUCCCUGCAAAAGAGGCUAAAGCAGCUCAACCAGCUUGGACGGGAUCAUCCUCCAACACUGCUAUGGCAUCCAGCAAUACCUCGAGAUCAGAGUUCAACGGGACGAAUGGUGCAAACUUGGCAAGUGCUGACGCUCCUAGGAUCCGCAGUUCUCUGGGUCCUACCUGGGUGUAUGCGCUCUUCGCCAUAGUCUGGGUACCGAUACUGUAG